AUGCACUCCACCACUCUGUUCCUCUCUGCCCUCGCGGCUACUGUCGCCACGGCUUUCCAGGCUCCUCCUGAGCCCGCACAUGUUGCUGCAGCCAUCAAGGCUCGUGGCACACCCGAGUGCACUAAGGUUGCCAGCUCUAUCCUCCCCAAGCUGACGCCCAUCCCCACGAUCCCCGCGGAUCUUGAGUCCUAUGUCCUCUACUCCUCGGACAUGAUCACCCAGACCGACCCCUGCGUCGACCCCAUCAUCACCGGCUCCAUUGGCAGUGUCUAUAGCUCCUACGCCAGCAGCGCUUCGUCUUGGAGCUCCGAGCAUCUUGAGGAUCUCCGCAGCCUGUGGGGUGCCUGCAGUGACGUCCCUGAGAUCUCUUCUGCUUUCGCUGCUAUCGAGAGCGAGGCCGGCACGGCCGUCUGCUCGUCCAAGAUUGCUGCUUGGACCAGCCAGCCCACCAACGCUGCGCCGAGGGAGACUGGCAUGCCAAUUGCUGCCGCCGCCGCCUUUGCUGGCUUUGUGGUUGCCGCCCUAUAA